UAUGCGGGGGUCCACAGUAGAAUGAAUCCAUGCAACUCGCAGCAGAUAACAAAAUGCAGGUCAUCAAUUCUCAUCUUGGGCAUUGGCACCACACAAGAAAAUAAUAUUAUGUAAUCGACAAAAAUAAGCUACUCUAUUUUGUUUGUCCGAACAGACUUAUUAUUGCACUGACUGCCUUUUGCAAUAAUUUUACUGUAUUGCUAAUGUACCCUUAAUUAGACUCUGAUUUAAAAGUCUAUACCUGUGGAACAUCCAUUUAUUAAUGCCUGUUUUUAUGUACAACUGGCAAAUUUGGGUUUUCGUGUGUCGUCCCUGGGCUAUUUUGACAUGUUUCACUUUGACAGGGCAUAUUUGAUUUGUCAGUCCACACUGCAGUUGCAAUGACAGAGUUCCUUGAAAGAGGACUAUAUCCGAUUUACUAAAUGAUGAAUGCCGGAGGAUAGCGCUACCACUGUUUGUCAUUUACUUAUGAUGUUACAUGGCUCUACAAUAUGUCAUGUCAGGGUGACAAAUAAAGGAUGACACGUAAGAGAAUGAACUUUUCUAACAAAUACUGUCGACAUCUAGUCAGAAGAGAUUGAAAACUGCGAAGAUGAUUAGCAAUCAAGCACAGAAAAGCGGAGAUGCCACCGGUACGUCGUGAACGUCUUAUUUCCUUGAUCAUCACUAUUAUGUCUCUGGCCUUCUGUUUGUCGAGGUCAAGUGAGUUCAAUCCUUUGAUUUUUAUCUCAUCAGGAGCAUACAAGGCAGUCCCACCUCCUGCUUCAUUAGGGAAAGCUCCAACUGCACGAGCUAGUUUAAAGAAGUCUGCGACCAAGGAGUCCAGUUCUGAGAGCUCAGAUCCAAGCUCAGAUGAAGGGACCAAAAAGACAGCAGCCAAGGUCGAACCAGCUAAUGUGACACAUCAAGACUCCACUAGCUCAGACAGCAGCUCAGAAGAUGAAGCUCCGGGAAUGCCUGCUACCAAAGCCGCUACUACACCUUCAACACGGUUUCUUGCUUCACCGUCACCAGCCAAAGGCGAGCCAAUAGCAGCAAAGGCUGCAGUUCCUGCGGUGAAGCCCGCCGUCGCCGUUGCGGCGGCUGCAGAAAGCAGCUCAGACUCUGGUUCCUCAUCUGACAAUGAAUCAGUGAAAGCAAAGCCAGCAACGCAAAAACCUGCCACCCCAGCCUUCAAGCCUGCAACCCGUGCUAUCAGGUUUGCUGCGACAGUAUUCAAAAGCAGUUCCGAUUCAGAUCCUUCAUCUGAGGAUGAGGAACCUGCAAAAAGCAAGACACCAACAACCAAACCUGUCGCACCCAUCGCAAUGGCUGCUGUUGCUCGAGCGAAGACUGGCAUUUAUGCAAAGACUGCUGCAGCAGAAAGCAGCUCAAGCUCAGACUCUGACUCCUCAUCUGAUUGAAUUGGAAGCAGGUUUAAAAAAAAAGUUUGAAUUUUGGAUUCUGGUAGAGAAUUGAGCAAAAAAAAAGAUCACUGUGGGCGGUGUUGCAAUUGACUGACAUUCCCUCACUUCCUGUGAAAUAAAAAACAGAAACUAACUUG